AUGUCAAGUUCGAGUGCAAAUAUAGAUGAGAAAGUUGAGGACAAUGAUGGAGAUGUAAAAGGUAAGAUUUGUGAACCUUCUGCAUUAUUUAUAGUAUGUAAAUAUUGAUUGAAUUAUUGAAAUCGUGAGUUCUGAGGGUCAUGGGGGUCAUGACAAAUAUGAUUAUAAUAGUCUUAGGCAGCGUUUACACUGUACCGUUUUCGUAGCGUUCUCGUAUUGUUCGAGAGAACUAGACUAUUGUCUUGCGUUCCCUUGAGGAUUAAGAACAAUACGAGAACGCUACGAAAACGGUACAGUGUAAACGCUGCCUUAAUAGUGCAAUGUUCAAACCUCAAAACAAAAUUAAAAUAAAGUCAUCAAUUUCCACACAAACAAAUGAAUAGAUUAUAAACUUUUUGUCUGUUAAUAGUAUUAUCAUGAAGCUGGCCCAUAUUACUUUUAUUAUUAGUUACGUUGUUAGUGCAGUUAUUAAGUGUACAGAUAGUAUUAACUAUUAACUCACUAUUAAGUACAGUUGCCAUAUUAAUCUUGAUAUUUUUGUAAUCGUCAAAGCAUGUGUCUUUCACCACUGAUAUUGUGGGUUCAAAUCAUGUUGGGACAACUUCCUCCCACAGGGAAUGUUGACAGUGUUGGUAGGGAUUUCCUUAAAAAAACUAACUGUUCAGUAAUAAAUCUUGUAUGACGGAACUUUCUCUAAACCGCAUGUUAUUAAUUCUGUGUUUGAAUAAUUAGACCAUAGGCUUAGUUAAAAAUUAUUUUAAUAACUACGUUUCAGAGAAUAACUCCAUCUUCAGGUUAAAGGUGACUAAAGAUAUAAAAACUUUCAACACAAUUACAAAUUUAGACAAAAUCUGUUAGGAUUGUGUAUAAUAGUUGACGUGCACUUCAAAGUAAGGGGCUGUUUAUAUGGAAGCGAGCCAGCCCUGGUACCCGAGCUAGCUAACUUCCCCCAGAUGAAUUUCAUCACAAGUUUACAUGAAACUUUUGGGGCAGCUAACUUUGGAAAACAAAUACAAAUUUUCGCAAGAAAGUUUGGGCAUGUGCACGAAGACAUUAUUUUACUUAAAAGCCGAGCCAGCUCGGGUAAAUGUGUUUAUAAGGAAAACUACCCAGCCCGUUUACGGUUUACCCGAGGUCUCGGGUCACACGAAGCAGUACCUCGGUUAGGCGGGCCAGCUCAGUUCUCAUAUAAAUGCAAGAUGAAAUUUAGUAGGAAAUAUUAACAAAGACGGGAUCUCCCCUAAAGCGAGCUAUCUCGGGUACCCGAGCUGGCUCGCCUCAUAUAAACAGCCCCUAACUCGUGUCCAUGUUCAGUAAUAGCUGUGCUAUGUGAUAGCAAGUCAUAAGGUGGCUGCAAUGGCACCCUAAGAAAACAUUCCACUUGAUCACAUUGAGCUGUUUCCUUUGCAAUUCAGCUUAGCUCUCAGCUGCAAGUAAGAAUAAUAAGCACAUCACUUACUUACUUCUUUACUUACUUACCUAUACAGCUAAUUCAGUUAAGGUUAUCCUAUGAAAACCACAAACCUAGAGCUCUAAGCACGAAAAGCACAAUGGGUGUAUGUAUCAUAAUGAGAUUGUUUAUGCAUGCAUGUUAGUACAUUUAUGCAAAACAAGUGAAUUUAAUUCCCAAAGGAGUUAAGCAUGUCCCACAAACAACUUUCUUUAAUGUUAAAAAGUUUAAAAAUCCAAUGAAUUUUGCCGAGUUUGCUAUGGAAUUGGGUUACACAAGCAAAUAGAAUCCGAAAUAGGCAAAAAUCACAGGAAUUUGUGAAUUAUAAAUUGCUUUUUUCAUGCAAAACCAAAACGACUUGUGGGACGUAACAACCGUAACUACGGAGUGUGGGAACAGUAUGAAUUACAUACUAUAUGCAUGUCCAUCGUGCUUUUCCCGCCUAGAGCGCUAAGUUUGUGGUUUUCUGAGGACAACCUUAAUUGAAUUACAGUAGCUGUAUAUUAAUUUGUCUGAUUCUUACAAAUAAAAAGGUUGGUCAGAGCAAGAGGUUCAACAAUGGCUCAUAAAAAAUGGAUUUGAAGAGGAAUCUCAGUUUUUUCAGGGUUAGUGUACCAUAAGUUAUUAUUUCUGCAGGUACACUCAAUUCAACUAUGGAAGCAUUAAAUUAAUAGGUAAUAUGCAAAAAAAAUAUUAAGGCCAAAGUGCACUGUAUACAUGUAAUUGUUGGAUAAGUUAUUAUAUAGUUGAGGUUUUUGUCCAGGGUCAAAAAUCACAUAGAAAAGUCAAGGGAUGCAAAAAGGGAGAGUUUGAAUUCUUAAUUGUUACCCUUCACUUUUUUGUCCAGGAGGGGGACCUGGGUAAUCACUUGACAUGUGAUAAAAAAAAUUAUAUAGGACAUCCAAAUUGGAGUGGGGCUAACUUUCAGUUCCUCUGUUGGGCAGGUGUGGAUGUUUCCUAUAAUAUUACAGUACAGUAUAUUGAAUAAGUUGGCCCACAAUUACUCACUUGUUCAUUGGGGAUUGAUGAGCCCAAGCAAAUGUUCAAAAUCCAGUGCUGCCACCCUGAUUAGUUAAACAUGAAAUUUAGCUUUGUAAAUUGUUUUAUUGUUAGAUCUAGUGCAUUUCGAGCUAUCUUGCAUCUGUCUGCUAUAAUAUGGUUUUAACGGUUUAUGGCUCCUUGAAAUCGAUACAUGCAGGGAUAGCUCGGAAUAUGUUAUAGUCACUAUAGUAUUUAGAUUGUAUAAUUUAUAUUGUGACAAAGUUUAUAAAAUAAAAUGAAAUAAAUCUUUUAUUAGCUGAAAAGAUUUCAGGAAAGUCACUGCUGUCAAUUGAGAAAAGUGACCUAAAAGAGAUGGGAAUAAAGACCCUGGGUAAACGAAUUGAGCUUAUGACAAAAAUUGAUGAACUGCUGCAUAAAGGAAGUGGAGAUGUUGUAACUCAAGUCUCAAGUGGAAAUAUACAGUCCUUUAAAAGGAAAAUCACAAAAUUGGACAAAGAGAGCUGGGAUGAGAAAACCAAGAAUGAAUACCUUGAGAAGUAG